AUCGGUCUGCAGUCUGCAUCGUCCAUCCAAUGCUCCCUUCCGUAUACAUCGCUGAGUCUCAGCCCAGCCCACUCCAAUCUCCAUGGAUCGAUCUCCACCGACCCACUUGCCAUCCACUAGUAACACCGACUGCUAGACUGCUAAGUGCGAAACCUCCGUCAUCGCCCUUUUUUCUUUUUCUUUUUUCUCAUUUUUUAUGGCGUCCUCACCUGUUUGCUCCCCGAAACUGCUGAUGCGCCAUGUCCAAUGCCAACGCCGUCCUUGACACCGGCGCACCACCUCCCAUCCAGGAUGCUGCGCAGCGUCAGGUCGACUCUCUUCCUCCCACCAACGACAAGCCUUCCGGCGCCCAGCCCCCGGCCAAACAUGCCACGCAACUCUACACCCUCUCCUACCUCGUUUUCUUCGCUAUCUUCGGCACCUUGGCACGUCUUGGCCUGCAGGCCCUCACCGUCUAUCCCGGCGCCCCCGUCGUAACCGGUGUUCUCUGGGCCAACGUGGGUGGGUCUUUACUGAUGGGCUUCUUCUUGGAAGACAAGAACCUCUUUCGUGAAGAAUGGGGCACCGACGACAUCUCCGCCAACCACCCUGGUGACGCGACUGAGCAGGCCAAACGGCACAAAUCCGUCAAAAAGACCAUCCCCCUGUACAUCGGCCUCACCACCGGAUUCUGCGGGAGCUUCACCUCCUUCUCCUCAUUCAUCCGCGACAUCUUCCUUGCGCUCUCCAACGACCUCGCCGACCCGUCCGCUCCCUCCAUCGCCUCGCGCAAUGGCGGGUACAGCUUCAUGGCCCUUGUCGCCGUCAUCCUGGUGACCGUCGCCCUCAGUCUAGGCGCGCUCGUGUGCGGCGCGCAUCUGGCCCUGGCCCUGGACCCCGUCGUCCCUGCGUUCCCUUUCCGCCUCACCCGCCGACUGUUGGAUCCCCUGUUCGUCUGCCUCGGCUGGGGAUGUUGGUUGGGCGCCGUCUUCAUGGCCAUCUGGCCCCCGGAUCGCCACGCUGCCUCGCCGGAAACCUGGCGCGGACAGGCCAUUUUCGCCGUCGUCUUUGCGCCCCUAGGCUGUCUGGUACGCUACUACGUCUCCUUGCUGUUGAACACCCGUAUCCCCACCUUUCCCCUCGGCACCUUUGCCGUCAACAUCGGCGGCACCAUCAUUCUGGCCAUGUGCUUUAACUUGCAGCGCGUCGACGGCCUAGGCACCGCGCUCUCGUCCAGCGCCGCCUCCUCGUCCAUCCUCACGAGCUGUCAGGUGCUGCAGGGCGUCAUGGAUGGGUUCUGUGGCUCCGCCACCACGAUCAGCACCUGGGUGGCGGAACUGAAUGGACUGAGUCGUCGCCGCCACGCCUAUGUGUACGGGAUCAGUAGCAUUGGCGUCGCCCUCGGGUUCUUCGUCAUCAUUGUAGGGUCUUUGCGAUGGACUUUGGGCUUUGUAGAGCCUGUAUGUGCGUCAUGACCAAUUCCUUUGACCGGGCCAAGACCAUAUGGACAAGAUUCUAUACAAUAUAAUAUACUUAAUAUACCUAAUGUUGGCUGUAAGAA